CAGGCCUGGGUUGCCAUGGAUACCGUGUCCCUGGAGCAUCAGAUCCAGAGUGUGCAACGCCACAUCAGCUUCCUGAAAAAAGAACAGAUGGCCCUGCUGCGAGACCUGCACCUGGAAAUCCUGAGGCUACAGAAACGCUGCUCAGAACUGACCCAUGACCUGGAAAUGAAAGAGGCCCAAUCUCACCAACAAGAGUUGGCGUCCCGGGAGCUGGAGAGCAAGUGCCGCGAGCUGGAGUCACAGCUGGCGGCGCGGGCGGCGGCCAACGCGCAGCUGCGGCGGGAGGUGGCGCAGCGCGAGGCGCUCGUGUCGGCGCUGCGCUGCAGCCUGCGCGCCGAGGAGCGCCGCUUCCUGGAGGAGCUGCGUCGCCGCAGCCACCGAGCCACCGUGCUGGGCACUGAGUUGCAGAAGCACACCGAGGCGGCCGCCUACCUCUCCUGCCAGCUGCACGCGGCGCGCCAGAAACUGCAGACUCCGCGCCCGGGCCCCGGCGCCGCCGCCGCCGCCGAGCCCCGGAUCCGCCGGCGCGCACAGCGGGCCCGCCGCCCGCCCGCAGCCGAGGCCGCCGCCAAGGGCCCCGGCCGGGACUGGGCCGCCCGGGAGCGCUCGGCCGGCGCCCCGGACGACGCCGAUGCCAUGCCAGACCCCGCGCUCUUCCUCUACGCCCGGAGGCCCCCGCGGCCCAGUGGCCGCAGCCCGCGCCAGCCGCCUCCCCAGGAGCCCCCUGACCAAGCCACCCCGCCGGCCGCGCCCAGCCCGCCCAGUGCGCCGGCGGACCCGGAGUAA